UCACAUUUGGAGUAUUUCUACCAGGUCCAGUGUUCAGAGGAGCAGCAUUUCUGAUAACACUUGUUAGUGCUUUAUAGUCUAAUAAGUGCAAUUCCAUACUAACUUGGUCUUAACGAUGGUCCACUACGAAGAAGUGAGUGUGCGCGGAUAUGAUGAAUUCUGCCAGGCUGUGUCUGAGAGAAAAGGAAAGGAUAUUUUCGCAUAUUUCUCUGGUGAUAAAGACGCCCAAGGAAAGAGCUGGUGUCCAGAUUGUGUAAAGGCGGAGCCAGUGGUAAGAGGAGAGAUGACUCAUCUUCCUGAGGGCUCUGUCUUCAUCUACUGUCAAGUUGGUGAAAGGGCCUAUUGGAAGGAUGGAACUAAUGCCUUCAAGAAGACGCUGAAGUUGAGUGGAGUUCCCACUCUGCUGCGAUACGGCACACCCCAGAAGUUGGUGGAGGAAGAAUGCUUCAAAGCUGAGCUGGUGAGGAUGAUGUUCACUGAGGACUGAAGGACCCUGCGCUGCUCACAUCAGUCAUUUCAUCAUUUCUCCACUGUUGAACGGUCAAUUUCACCACUGUGCAAUUCUAGCAUUAUUGAUAAACCAUACACCGUGUACAUCUCCUACUGUGAUGUGAUGCAAAUCAGCAACUGUGUGAUUUUACAACAAUAAUAUAACGAGCAUCCUCCAUAAGACAGCUUUUCAAUUAAGUAUGUGCUGGAUAUCUGCUAAGACAAACACAUAGAAUGAAUUUAAUUCAUAAUAAUGUUUCUUGUUCUGCUUUAUGUGCAAUCAUAUGAUCCUGGUUUGUAAUUUGAGCUUCAUACAUUUUUUUGUCAAAUGCCAUGGUAAUCUCACAGAAUAGUAGAUUAUAAAAAAGGAUUUUCUUUAUUGUGACCAUUUUUUAUGUGAUUUUAUUUUUUGGUUGCCUUACAGUAGGACUCAAAUAAAGUAGCACUUGAUGUUGAA